GCUCACUACAGUCACCACAAGAGCGCUUACUACUAUACUUCAGGUUGGGCAUAGAGAAGAAGAUGAAGAAUUCAUGUUUCUGGAGAGCUUUCGCCCUUGUGGCUAUCAUUUUCUGCCUGGAAGUUGUAAAAGCUGAACAGUUGUAUAAAGUCAGUGAGGUCGGAAAUCGCCCAGUAAUUGCCAAAUUUUGCGGAGAUCAAAUCAACGACGCUGUAACCGCGAGCUGUUCAUGGAGAAGGACACGCAGAUCAGCAAUAAUGGACGAAAACGAAGCUUUGAGCUUUCUUCAGUACCAACGGUCCCUAAGACAUGCAGGAAGACAAGCAAGAAGCGCCCAGACUGAUAUUGUGGAAGAGUGCUGUAUUGAGGGAUGUGCCAUGGAAGAAAUCUAUGAAUAUUGCUGACAAUAACUAACUUGACUGACUGUCCAGAAAAAUAAUAACUUAUUUAUAUGUUAUAUAUCGGUUGUAUAUUAUAUUUUAAGAUGUAUUUGUACAGUUAAGUCGUCUUCUAGACGUGAAAUGACGAUAAACCAAAGAUAUUAAGAGUAAAGAUUAGAUUUGUAAAACUAAGAUUACAAGAUAAUAAAAGGUUAGGUUACUGUGUGAAAAUUGCUCUUUAAGUUGUUUCAAUUUACACUAAAAUAUACACGUUAUUGUU